CACGGUGAGAUUACAAGUAGGGCUAUUUCUCAGAAAAUGGACUUCUCGCAUAAAGCAAACUAUGAAUACAAGACAUUGUUAAUUCAAAAGUGGUCAGUAGUAGAUUGUAUUCGUUGUAAUGACUUAAACCAAGGCUUUUCAUGAGCCAAAGGUUAAGCUAUAUGCUCAGAAACAGGCAGCCUACAUGGGGGAUUUUCAAGAUUUACAGAUUAUGCAUUUCAUGGAGGGAACAAAUGUCUCUGACCAUGAUCCACAAAUAUGCAAUCAUUUACAAAUAUGUUUUUCUAUCCACAAACAUAGAACUCCUUACUCGUCGUGACUUACUACGUUCUCAUUUGUAUAAACGUACUAUGAUUUGUACAAAGGAAUGUCUAUUUCUAAAUGCAUACUUUAUCAUAUGUGAAAAUACAUCAUAGUUUGCAUGUGUAUUUGUUGUGAAAUGCCAUUUGGAAAUCUGUAAUUCUUAAAGUGUUGAAUCUGCAUUUGUGGAUCAUCCAACACAUUAAUCUCCACUGAUGUCAUUAGUUUCCACUGUCAUUUUGAGACAUUCUUUUAGCUUUUUCACGAUCCACACACUAGACUAGAAGGUCUUGAUGCACACAAAUGUGUCCCUCCCGCACAAACAUAGGCCAUGAAGGGCGGCCACUAGGUGGCAGUCUUGUAUAAUUCAGGCCGUGGUGCAUGUAGUAGCCUAAGCCCCAAGGUUGUUGAGGACAGGGGCAAUGUUAUACCAAACGUCCACAACCUUUCCACUAUGCAGCUGAAAUGGAUUCUGACAGGUCAACAAACUGGAUACUUAUCUAAGGUGUUGUAGAAUCAGCACCAUGGGAGUACACGGGCUUUGGAAGUUGCUUGAGAGCACCGGGAAGCCAAUCAACCCCGAGACACUGGAGGGGAGGAUUCUGGCUGUCGACAUCAGCAUCUGGCUAAACCAGGCAUUGAAGGGUGUAAGAGAUCGUGAUGGCAACACAAUACAGAAUGCACAUCUUCUCACUCUGUUUCACCGCCUUUGCAAACUUCUCUUCUUCCGCAUCAGACCCGUAUUUGUGUUUGAUGGAGAGGCACCUCUGCUCAAGAGGCAGACUCUGGCCAUCAGGAGACAGCGGAAAGAUGAAAUGAGUCAGGAGUCUAAGAAAACCAAAGAGAAAAUGCUGACGACCUUUCUCAAGAGACAUGCCCUUAAAGUGGCCCUGGGAGACACAAGCCAGGAAGCUGUGCCCAGUCUUCCCACGGUGAGGAGGGAUGAAGCGGACGACAUGUUCGUCCUCCCAGCGCUACCUGCACCGCUGCAGAGGGAGAGCAGGCCCGUCAGCCCUGAUGAAGAAGAGGCCCCCGAGUGGGAGGAAGCAGCGCACCCCUACAACAGCUGGCAGGAGGACAUGUAUGAAGACCCCGGUGCCGUGGACAUAAACUCGGAGCAGUUCUCCCAGUUACCCCCAGAGAUGAAGCAUGAGAUUCUCAAAGAGAUGAAGGAGUUCAGCAAGAGACGGCGCACCAUGUACCACACUCCACCAGAGAAAGCAGGUGACUUCUCCCAGUACCAGCUGGCAGGGCUGCUGCAGAGAAGACGUUUGAACCAGCGUCUCAAGGGUGUGGAGCAGGAAAUGAGUCAACAGUCCUCUGCAGGUCUUGAGCUCCCACAAGACUCAGAGCACAGUGUGGAGACACGGCGCCUCGUUUCAGAAGACUCCUCUCACUAUAUCCUCAUCAAGGGGCCCCAGAAAAGCACCACGGUUCCUGAGAGCCAAGCAGCUGACACAUCCUCUGGCCCACUGACUAAUCAUGGGAAGUCAAAAGGUCAACCUGAAUCCCUCUGGCCCCAGAUAACAGUGGAGAGUCCUGAGGAGAACCGUCCCUCCUCUUCUAAACCCUCACUGCCUGGCAGGGGCCGGCCAUCAGACUGCCAGCCCCCUUCACCGCGCACCCUCCAGGCCAUCCAGGCUGCUAUGGUGGACAGCAGUUCAGAGGAGGAUGAUCCAGAGAGAAGAGAUGCUCCUGGAAGUCCCUGGGGUGACAUGUCUCCUCGUACACUGUUAGCUGUACAGACUGCCAUGCAAGAGGAAGACAUGGUUCUCACACAGCCCCAGAAAGGGCAGGAAGUCUGCAGGAAGCUUCCCGAGAUGGGCCCUUGUACCUCCAAGGAACUUCAACACUUAAACACAGCGCCUGCCCUUGAGCAAAGCAAUCUCUUCACAGACAUACAUGAGAGUUUUUCAGCAUGUGGUGGCACUGUUAGCAGUUCAGAAGAGGAGCAGGAUGGUGGAGCCGGUGACACACAUGUGCGUUCUCAGAAGCAGCUGAGCAAGAAUGUGCAUAUUCAGGAGCAGGAGGGGGGUGCUUCUCUGAGAGCAUUGGGUGCCAUCCAGAGAGGUACGAAUCUGGCAGAGGAGCAGAGAAGCUGCACAGAGGAAGAGGACGUGGUAGAGUGUGUGGGUGUGCACAACAAGGCAGACCUGCAGGGAGAUGGAGAGUCAGUUGAGAAGGUGAUGAGUACGAAUACGCUAGCCAUCAACACCCCUUCAGAUACCAAAGGUAGAACCAUCACAUUGUCAGAUGAUGAAUCUAGUGAACCGCAGUCAACCGCUCAAUCACCCCAGCCUGUCAGUGGCUUGUCUGAAAGACAUGACGUGAUCUCCACAAUACAAACUACCUCUGAGGACAACCCUGAGAAGCUGAGGUUUCCUAGGAAUGUCCCUCAAGGGAAUGGACACGGGAUGAAGCUGGGGGAGAAGAAGGGAACACAGUCCCCAGAUGGUCAAGAGAAGAGUGAGAGUGAGAGUGAGAGUGAGAGUGGAGAGAGCAGCACAGAGGAGAACUUUAUUGAAGUGUCGGAGGGGGAGGAGGAGGGCGCGGAGCCACACCCUGGUGAGUCUCUACUCAAGCGAGACGCUGCAUCGUCCCCUGUGAAGCGCCCUGAGGCCUCGUCCCCUGUGAAGCCUGAGGACCUGAUCCAGAAGGAGAAGAUGGAUGAAGCAAUGAUGGAAGUUCCAGAGGGCCAAUCGAGAACUUCUCAGAAUGGAGAGGAGAAAGAUGUGAAAGGACUGAGUCCACCACCUCCAACUAAUGACUGGGAACAUAUAGACCUGGCGGAGCUGAGGCAGUUGGAGAGUUCCCUGGAGGUGGAGCAGAACAGCCUGAGAGGGCAGCAGCAACAACAAGAGAGAGGAGCUGCCACUGUCACUGGGCAGAUGUGCCAGGAGAGCCAGGAACUCUUGCGCCUCUUUGGUAUCCCCUUCUUGGUGGCCCCUAUGGAAGCUGAGGCCCAGUGUGCUGCUCUGGACCGGGCUGAACUCACCCAUGGCACUAUUACAGACGACAGUGAUAUUUGGCUCUUUGGUGGCCGCCACGUCUUCAAAAACUUCUUCAGCCAGAACAAGUAUGUGGAACACUACCAACUUAUGGACCUCAAGAACCAGCUUGGCCUUGACCGGUUUAAGCUGAUAAACCUGGCUUACCUGCUGGGCAGUGACUAUACAGAAGGCAUACCUGGGGUGGGAUACGUCACAGGAAUGGAGAUCCUGAAUGAGUUCCCAGGCCCUACAACAGAGCCACUCAUCCAAUUCAGUAACUGGUGGUCAGAAGCUCAGGAGAAUAAGAAACUGGUGGCUAACCCUAAGGACUCUAAGGUGAAGCGUAAGCUGAGAGCCCUGAAGCUUCAGACAGGAUUUCCAAACCCAGCCGUUGCUCAGGCGUACCUUCAGCCAGCUGUGGACCCCUCAGAGGCCUCCUUCAGCUGGGGCCGGCCACAUCUGGAUCUCCUCAAGGAGUUUUGUCACAAUCGUUUUGGUUGGAGCCGUAAGAAGACUGACGAGGCUUUGCAGCCUGUUCUGAAACAGCUGUCUUCACAACAAACGCAGCUGCGCAUUGACUCCUUCUUCCGCAUGGAGCAGCAGGAGAGCCAGCAGAUCCAGAGCCAGCGCCUCCGUAGAGCUGUCACCUGCAUGAAGAGGAAGGAGCGUGAGGAGGAACAGGAGGAAGAGGAGGAGGAUGAGGAUAUGAAAGGCACAAAAAAGGGAAGGCCUGGCAGGUCAGAGCAGAAUAGGGAACCAAUGAGCUGCUCUGUGGCGUUUGAAGGAGGCUUUAUGGGGUCAGAAGGAACAGGUGCUAAUUCAGGAAGACUUGAGGAGCCAGUGGGGAUGGACUGUAAAAGUACUGCACCAACUCCGAAAGUGAAGACUCAAGAGUCCGUACAGAAAAACUGUCCUCAGAAGGCAGUCUUAAUCGAUAGCAGCAGCUCUGACUCAGUGAGGAAGGACUUUAAAAGUACUGCACCAACUCCGGAAAAGAAAGUGAAGACUCAAGAGUCCAUACAGAAAAACUGUCCUCAGAAGGCAGUCUUAAUCGAUAGCAGCAGCUCUGACUCAGUGAGGAAGGACUGUAAAAGUACUGCACCAACUCCGGAAAAGAAAGUGAAGACUCAAGAGUCCGUACAGAAAAACUGUCCUCAGAAGGCAGUCUUAAUCGAUAGCAGCAGCUCUGACUCAGUGGGGAAGGACUGUAAAAGUACUGUACCAACUCCGGAAAAGAAAGUGAAGACUCAAGAGUCCGUACAGAAAAACUGUCCUCAGAAGGCAGUCUUAAUCGAUAGCAGCAGCUCUGACUCAGUGGGGAAGGACUGUAAAAGUACUGCACCAACUCCGGAAAAGAAAGUGAAGACUCAAGAGUCCAUACAGAAACACUGUCCUCAGAAGGCAGUCUUAAUCGAUAGCAGCAGCUCUGACUCAGAUAGUGAAAGUGGUUGGGCUGUUCCUAUGGUUACUGCACAGUCUGUCUUCAAUAACAAACCACAAAGGAAGGGAAGAAGAGGGGGUCGUGGAAAAGGCAGGAGUGGACUCUGAGGGAGUUAUAUUAACAUUAAUGCACACCUACUGUCAGGAGUGGACUCUGAUUGAGUUAUAUUAACAAUAAUGCACACCUACUGACACGCACCAACACUUAGAUAAUCGUGACUCGUGUCAUUUUUAUCAAUAAGAAAAAAAGUCUUAAGCUGUACAUCUGUGAUUGGUCUAGUCAUUAGUACAUUUCGUUUCCAUUGAGGUGACCAUGCUGCAGAAUAAAUGUUAGUAACCUUGGGGUUCACACUAGGUUGAAACCAUGGGGUCCAAAGGGCUUUCAUGUUGUGCAUCUGUAAAUGUGGCCCUGUUUAUUAGAUUCCAUUCCUUCUCACCACAUUCUGUUUUUGCCAAGUGUGUCCAGCUCCAUCACACAAUGUAUUUUUGAAUGAUUUCUUGUUAUAAUGGCUGCUACAUUACGUCAGUGAUGUGUGAAAACUGAACUACUGGGAAAUUCAUUUAUGAAAUUAUUCUUUUCACACCCAUACUGAUGAUUACUGUGACUGCAUCUGUUUUUUUCCCUUUUUUUUUGUUCUCUCAAUCUUAGGUUCUGUACUUGAAGCCUUGAAGUUUCAAAGUAUUUCAGAGUUUUCUGUGAUCUAUUAAAAGCCACUCUUGUAGAUCA